AUGGGCAGCGGAGUCAGCUCAGAAUCGAAAGAAUCGGCCAAAAGGUCAAGAGAACUUGAAAAAAGGCUCCAAGAAGAUGCAGUGAGAGAUGCCAGGACAGUCAAGUUGCUCUUAUUAGGAGCUGGAGAAUCAGGGAAGAGCACGAUUGUGAAGCAAAUGAAGAUUAUCCAUAAAGAUGGCUACACAGAUCAGGAAUGCAGAGAGUAUAGGUCUGUGGUUUACAGCAACACAUUACAAUCCAUUAUGGCUAUUGUAAAGGCCAUGUCCACAUUAGGGAUUGAAUAUGGAAACUCACAAAGCAAGGAAGAUGAAAGGCAGCUUUUUGCCAUGGUAGAUUCCAUGGAGGAUGGCACCAUGUCUCCUGAGCUGGCUGAAAUAAUCAAACGCCUGUGGAAGGACCCAGGGAUACAGGCUUGUUUUGAAAGAGCAUCAGAAUAUCAGCUCAAUGACUCAGCUGCCUACUACCUCAGUGAUUUGGACAGGCUGACAGCCCCUGGCUAUGUUCCGAAUGAGCAGGAUGUCCUUCGCUCACGAGUAAAGACAACAGGGAUUAUUGAGACACAGUUUUCUUUCAAGGACUUGCACUUUAGGAUGUUUGAUGUAGGAGGACAAAGAUCUGAGAGGAAAAAGUGGAUUCACUGCUUUGAAGGAGUUACUUGUAUCAUAUUCUGUGCGGCCCUUAGUGCCUAUGACAUGGUCCUGGUGGAGGAUGAAGAAGUGAACAGAAUGCAUGAAAGCCUCCACCUGUUCAACAGCAUCUGUAACCACAAGUACUUUGCUACCACUUCUAUAGUGCUGUUUCUAAAUAAGAAAGAUCUGUUUCAAGAAAAAAUAACCAAAGUUCAUCUCAGUGUCUGCUUUCCAGAAUAUGAUGGAUCAAACACCUUUGAAGAUGCAGGAAAUUACAUUAAGAACCAGUUCCUAGACCUAAAUUUAAGAAAAGAAGAUAAAGAGAUAUACUCCCACAUGACCUGUGCUACAGACACCCAGAAUGUUAAGUUUGUGUUUGAUGCUGUGACAGACAUAAUCAUCAAAGAAAACCUGAAGGACUGUGGGCUCUUCUAG